AAAAUAACAACAAAAAUAACUAAUGAAGUGAUAAACACAACAGUUGAAAAAAUGAUGCCAGAGUAUAUUGAACAAAGACUUAUCACAAAAGAAGAAGCUAAAAUACAAGAAGAAGAACUCUACGAAAAACUACAGCAAUAUAAACAUA